AGCUGGGUCCAUGGUGUGCAAUGGACGUGAAAACUGAAAUCAGAAAUCCUUUUGCUCUCUACCAAUAUGUCUACCAAACAGUUUCUGGUGACUUUGUUCUAAUAACUGCCUCCUCUUUCCUUGCUUUCCCCAGUGAGUACCACCUCUUCACCUUCUGCACAGAGAAAAAGUCCCAAAUCCUCGACUGCUACUGGCCCAACCCGCUGGUGGAGAGCUACAUCAUCCGCAUACACAAGCACUUUUUCUCCAACUGCACCAUGGAGCCGGUGAUAUGGGUCGACCCGCCGGACGACACGUUAACCAUCCUAGUCCUCAUCCCCGUUUUCCUCACCUUGGCCAUGAUUGCGUUGGUGGUCUGGUGCAGCAAGAGGAGCGACAUCCUGGCUUAGGUCACGAAGACACGAGGACUGAGUUCGAGGCUCCAACCUCUCGAAUACUGAACACAACGAAGGAGGGCACAGAGUACUGUCACCGUUGGGUCAAAUUAUGCCGUAGGUCGUGCCACAAACCCCCCAAGACGUCUUGUAAAAAUGAAGAAAGUCAAGCCUGGUAGCAUUUUUCUUAAUAUUUUAAUAUAUUCUGUGUAAUUGUUUUUUACAUUUGGACGCUGACCUGUGACCACUCAACAUGUUCAAGUGUUCCACAGGUCUUUUUAGGACAGAAUUUGACUAUGCUGGUAUGAUAAUGUACAGUCUGGGGAAUUCUGUUUGUUUGCUUUCUUGAAGACGGACAAAAUGACACCACUCCUGUUUUUAUGGGAACUACAAGGCUACACCCAACUUAGCUUAGCAUGAAGAUUGAAAACAGCCUGCCGUUUUCCAUCUACUGUAUCAGCACCUCUAAAACCCCUAUUUCAUUUUGACAUAAUCCUUUAAAAUACUUUUUACAAAGCAUAAUGAAGCAUUCGUGCUGUUGCUGCCUGUAUCUACAGUGAGAUCGCCACGUAACAUAAACCCCACGGAUCCACAACCUGUAUUUGCUUGGAUUAAGUGUUUUAAUCAGUGAGUUUAAGGUGCCUCAUAUAUCAUAUCACUGUAGGUGGAUGUGGUUAGCUUUGGGAAGAUCCAUGCUAAGCUAAACCGCUGCUGGCUUACUUAGGAUAGUCAACUCAUCCAGCUCUUAUCAAGAACGUGAAUAAGCAUAUUUUCCAAAAUGUUGAAAUAGUUCUGAGAGAAGCCGCAGCCAGCAGCUGGUUAGCUUAGCAUGGAUACUCCCAAAGCUAACCACAUCUGCCUACAGGAUGAGACCCACCGAUAAAAACACUUAAUCCAAGCAAAUACAAGUUGUGGUUUUAUGGGAUUUAUGUUCCAUGGAGUCUCACUGUAAAUACACAACUUGCUUUAAUCAGUGAAUUUAAGAUGCCUCAUACUGUAGGUGGAUGUGGUUAGCUUUGGCAAUAUCCAUGCUAAGCUAACCAGCUGCUGGCUUACUUGGGAUAGUGAACUCAUCCAACUCUUGCCAAGAAAGUGAAUAAGCAUAUUUCCCGAAAUGUUGAAACAGUCCUUAGAGACUCCAAGAACUUGGAUUGUUUAAUGUGUUCUCACUUAUUGGGUAAUUUGACCAACGGGGCGAUUGACCAAAUCUUGGAUGCAUUCCUGAACGCUCAUGGAUCCAGACGUUUGACCUCGAAGAUUCUUGUCAGAGCACUGUACCAUUGCUGAAGGCCAAAGUAUCCACCGAGCAUCAGAGGCAGCGGCUGACCUCCAAACGGGCGGGAAAUAAGACUCCCCCGAGGGCGCUGUUGGUAAAUACUUUAACAUGGAACCGUAUGACUGCUUGAGAGGAUGACAAAGAAGCCAAAUGUGGACUUGAUAUUGUUUUGAGGACAAUGACGCUUAGUCUUACUGUUGAGUCACUGAAUGGACUUUAACCACUGGAAAGGAUACACUGCCCAAAGACAAGGCAACGCUAUGAUAUUUUGGGACUUGAAUUUCUCGUGUGACUACCUGAGCCCCAGCGGACUGUUUUAUAACAGUGUAAGUUAUCUAAUGUUGUUGAAUAAAAUACUGUCAAUACUCACAAAGAGGGGUCCUCGAUGGAAACAAAAGAAGAAAUAAUGAACUGACCUGGAGGCCUCGUACUGUACAGUUUAUGCUUCCUGUCUGUGCUGUCUACUGUAUCUGCAUCGCCUCUCCGGUGUGACUCACACCAGUGAGAAAUUCACACUGUUGCUUUCUUUUUGGAGUAAAGGUUUGAUUUAAUGUGCGCACUUCACCGGUUCUUUGAACAGCCUCUGCCAGCCACAAGCCAAACUAAACCAAGCACUGCUUUUUACUUCUUUUGUUUUUUUUUCUCCUCCAAAGCAGCAUCGAUCUUUGUUCCUCGGCUUUCACUUGCACACUGUGUGUCACUAAAACUGUUGUCCAUGGAAACUGAAACUCCUCAAAAUAAGUACCUUGAUUAAAUCUCAAGUGUCUCUUAA